GGAACUCGCACGCCACAUGAGUGCCAAAUAGGAUGAGUUAUAUCCCUGUCAUAUAAAGUAAAUAUAUGAUAUAUGCUGAGAGAUCUAGUUAUCCAAUGGAAAGUAAACGACCCUAGGAUAAGGUCUGCAACUAAAAGAUUAUGGCCAAAAGAAUGCAAAGAAGAAAAUGUUUGAGCACAUAACAGCAAGCGAAAUAGCAGGCUAUGGCGUGGGGGCUCUACUCCUCUCCGCUACCCUUUCUGCCCCCAAAAUCGAUUCUUUCAUUUCUUCUUCUCAGCGCAGUUCCUUAGGGAUGUGCAAAAGAUGUGGUGAUCUGAAGCUGGUAGCUUGCUUCAAAUGCAAGGGCUAUGGAUUGAUCAAAGAAGGUGGGCCCUUCAAUUUUGUUCCCAUUGUUGGUGAGAGUAUGGGUUUUGGUGGCAAAAGCAAGUCAUCAUCAAACUCUUCAUGCAGUAAUUGUAGAGGAAGAGGCCAUUUUCCUUGUCCCCAGUGCUCAACCUCAAAGUCAUCCAAAACUUGAUAAGGUUCUUCCAAUUUUCUUAUUUUAAUUUAAUGCAUCUUGUUCAAGCGGUGGUGUUGUCACGUUCAAUAUUUAUAUUUCUGGUGUUGGGAUGAAUUUAUGUUUUGAGUAUUAUGAUGAUGAUGAUAGCUUUGGUUACAGUUAUUGUAAGUGCUGCAUUUUUUAAAAGAUUUGUAUGGUUGUAAUGAUGCAAGUAUGAUUGAUCGUGUUGUGUAAACUCAAUUUUCAUUAAAGUAAGUGUUGGAAUGACUCAAAUUUCAAUCCAAUUAACCUUCUCUAAUCUAACUGGAAAAUGAAAAUAAAUG